AUGCUCAGCAAAUCUUUGAUCGCGGCCUCUGCCGGCCUCGUGGGCACUGCUCAGGCGUUUUGGCGCAUGGAGUGUCCCGGCCGUGUAACUCUCGCUCGUCUUGACCCCAUCGUCAACCCGGGCCAAAUUUCCAGCCACUUGCACACCGUCCAUGGCUCCAAUGCCUUCGGUGAGGUGUCGGACACUGCCUCUCUUGUCGCGGGCGACUGCACAUCAUGCCGUGUCACACAGGACAAGUCUGCGUACUGGACUCCCACCAUGUACUUCAAGGAUGGUGAUACCGGCGAGCUUGAGAUGGUUGAGCAAGUGGGUGGUAUGCUCGCAUACUAUCUUCUGAACGGCCAGGAUAUCAAGGGCUUCCCAGCCGACUUUUCCAUGAUCGCUGGCACCAAUAAGCGCCGCACCUACACCGCCGGUGACCCCAACUCUGACCCUGCCAAGUCUCAAUGGGAGGCGCUCGGCCAGACCACGCAGACGGACCUGGAGCAGCGCGCUCUGGGCUUCAACUGCCUGAACUACGACAAGGCACCCGAGGGCACCCUGUACCGCCACGUCAUGCCUGACAAGGACUACAUGGACGCCAACUGCAAGGAUGGCCUCCGCCUCGAGCUUAUGUUCCCCUCGUGCUGGGACGGCAAGAAUGCGCAGAGCGACGACCACAAGUCCCACGUUGCCUACCCGGACCUUGUUAUGACCGGCACCUGCCCAGACUCCCACCCCGUGAGCGUCCCUGGUCUCCUGUUCGAGACCAUCUGGGCUACGCAGGCGUUUGAUGGCCGCAACGGCAUGUUUGUCAUGUCCAACGGUGACCCCACUGGGUACGGCUACCACGGCGAUUUCAUCAUGGGCUGGGAUCCCGACUUCCUCCAGAAUGCUGUCGACACGUGCACCAACCCCAGUGGCCGCAUCGAAGACUGCCCUCUGUUCGACGUCGUCUCCGAGGCCAAGGCCAAGUCCUGCGAGCUCCCCAAGCUGCCCUCUAUCCUCCAGUCGGAGAAGGUCGUCCAGAGCCUGAGCGCCCUUCCCGGCAACGUCCCGAUCACUUAUGAGGAUGGCACGACCGACGACACGGAGCAGUCUCCCGUGCCGUCUCAGUCUUACAAGCCGGGCGAGAUCCCUGCGGACCCCGCCUCGCCGCUGCCUGGUCAGGUUUUCAAGGAGACCUCGGUCAGCGUGGCCCCGGCUCCCUCUUCGGCUCCCUCGUCGGCCAGUGACGAUGUUGUCCUGGCCGCUGCCGAGCCCGAGCCCGUCACCACCACCACCACAACCACCGCCCCCACAUCCUCCGAGGUCAUCCCUACCACCACGGCUGCCCCCGAGAUCGCUCCCGUGGAACCCGAGCCUGUCUACGACAGCACUCAGUACAUCACCUCUGGCAACAUGGUCACCAAGAUCCUGUGGGAGGAGGAAAUCGUUUGGGUCACCGAGAUGGUUGACUCCACCACAACCGUGACCAUCCAAGGAGCGGCUCCCGAGGCUUCGGCUCCGGCUGCCGCUGAGCGCAAGCCUCGUGCGGCCCAUGCCCACGGACACGGCCACCACCACAAGUUCUAA